UGAAAGUUAUUAGUGUGAGUGAGCCAGUGGCAGGCAACGUACAUCUAUCCUCUGUUUAUAAAGCUACAUACAACAGGACCAUCACCAAUUGUAUACAAGUGCCCUGUGUCCGUCGCGACCAUCGUCAUCGCUCACACCAUGAACUUCGCAAGCCUAACACUCUUCUGCGGGGUCGUCCUCCUGGCGCAUCUCUGCGGCAUCGCUCAGGGCGGCGUAAGGCGUGCAAUGCCGAGAAGCAGAGGAACUUGUGGAGGAGUGUGUAAAGCCUUCACUUGUGGGACCCCUAACCGAGACGGCCGAGUGGUAGGUGGUCACCCGACCUCAGCGGGCAAAUACCCGUGGCUGGCGUCCUUAACAUACCGUGGUAAGCUGUAUUGCGGUGCCUCCCUGGUCAGCGACCGAUACAUCGUCACCGCUGCUCACUGUAUAAGGCGAGUGGCAAUGCACGCCGUAGAAAUCAUGUUUGGCAGCUAUAACAAGAGUGACAAUACGGAGGAGUGGCGGCAAAAGCGUAAAGCUGGCUCCUUUUGGCCUCAUCCAAACUUUGACCAUCGCUCUUACAACAAUGACCUUGCUGUCAUAGAGCUGGACGAGCCUGUCACCAUCACCAAGCACGUCAGACCUGUGUGCCUUCCCAGCAACACCAACGAAACCUACGAAGGCAAGAUAGCCUCCGUGCCAGGGUGGGGUCGUCAGGAGGAGAGUGGAGACCCUAGUGACGUGGUCAGAGAAGUGAAGGUACCAAUCAUGAGCAACAAGGAAUGUAAAAAGAAGAAGUAUAAGCCAAAUGAGAUCACAGACAACAUGAUGUGUGCUGGAUACGACGAUGGAAAGAUAGACGCUUGUCAGGGCGACAGCGGUGGACCUAUCCUCUAUGAUAAUGGCAAAAAUAUUGAUCUUAUUGGUGUUGUGUCGUGGGGCCAGGGAUGUGCUCGUGCUAAGUUCCCCGGCGUCUACACACGUCUCACAAAUUUCUUGGACUUCAUUACCUCAAAAAUUGAAGAAGGCUGCACGUGCCCCAGACCAUAGGUGCUGACUUCACUGGUGCAAGUUCUCUAGCUUUGUCUUCAUUAUAUGAAAACAGUACUAUAUUCCCGCUUGUAUUUAUAAUUUUCAUCAUUAUAUUUAUUAUCAGCACUCAACACAAAUACACAAAGUCUUCACAAGAAAAGGUAUGUGAUCUACGGGUCAUCUAGCCAGUCUUAAGAGACAUAGCAUGCUCUUUUUCACACACUGCAUCUCUGUAAUAGCCUUGCCUCAUCAUCUACAAACUGACGUUAUAAUUUGGUCCUCUCUUCCCUUUGUUCAGUAUUUCCAUAUAUUACCUGUGUCGGCUACAUGCUUCUGUCAUCUUUAAUAUACUUGAACAAAUAUUACAUAUUCGUAAUUUUCUCAUUUCAUUAUAUAAAUAUACUAUGUGGUGAAACAUAUAUAAAGUAUAUUUUUUUACACAAGGAUGACAUAUUAUUUAUAGAAUACAUUGCCAAGUGACAUAACAUGAAACAAUAAUCAUCAUUACCACUUUAAACAGCAUCACUUUCUCGUUACAAUACCUGUAUAUUGUAAAUACUGCAUUGUCUUGCAAAGCAUUUAAUAUGUAUAAGCACACCCAUAAAUCAUGUAUACAUAUACAAUGUAUUGGUGGCAGCAUCCUACUUAACCGGGCGUGUUGACCUCCCUAGACAGCGAGAUCGCUGUUUUAUUUACAUUAUUUACAUCAUAGGUAUUUAUUCUAAAUUUAAGCUUAAUUAACAUAUAUGAAUGUCAAUAUACAUUUGUAAUUCAAAUAUUUAUGUAAACCUGAAGAAGUAUUAAACCUUAUAAGGACAUUGGUAUAUUAAUUAGACAGUUGUAGCUUAACUGUAAGAUGGUGUCACUUAUUCUCUGAGAUCUCUUCUUAUUCCCAUCCAAGUGUGGGCUACAGCACAGCUGGUGAUGUUAAUCACUGACCAGGGAAGAUGGUCUGUUUCAUUUAACAGUGUGGAUUAGAUGUUUUUAGAUCGGGCAGCGGGAGAGAUGAUCCCCAGAACCAUUAACAGAUAAAUAAUGACUGUAGAAGUGAGACCCCUGGAGUGACUUCUGCCCGAAUUAAGUUGACAACUGGUUAAUUGCCAAUGUUCUGAUGACAGUACAAACCUAUAACUUAUGGAAUAACAAAUAUACAAUGCGUAGCUGAGUUACGCAACAAAAAUAGGCAUGCUACAGUAAUGUUAUACAUGUGUCUGAGGUUCCUUGUGGUAGCCUGUAUUA